UGUUUCGUUUCACUGAAAACUCCUCUGGUUCAUCACGUGGCCGCAGCCUCUUUCUGAAGCUUUUCGGAUGAAGUUUCAUUUGUUGUGAAGAUGCAAACCUCCAAACGUUUUCCGCUGGAUGACUUUAUCGCAGGAUGGGUCGGUGGAGCCUCCAGUGUGUUCGUCGGUCAUCCUUUGGACACAGUGAAGACCAGACUUCAGGCAGGAAAAGGCAACAAGAACACACUGCACUGCUGCCUCACCAUCUACAAGAAGGAAACGGCUCUGGGCUUCUUCAAGGGCAUGUCUUUCCCGUUGGCCAGCAUCACCGUGUACAACUCCAUGGUGUUUGGCUUCUUCAGUAACGCGCAGAGGUUCAUUAGCAAGUAUCGCUAUGGCGACGGGCGGCAUCCCUGCAGCAUGCUGGACCUGACCGUGGCCAGCAUGCUGACCGGGCUGGUCUCCGUGGGCGUCGGAGCCCCCGUGGAUCUGGUGAAGAUCAGACUGCAGAUGCAGACUCAAAGUCUGGUGACAGAGCAACUGCAGCUCGCCGGCAACAUCGGCAGCGGCAGCAACAUCCAGCUCCACGCCGUUGACGUGUCCAACCAGAGGCUGUACCGCGGCCCCAUCCACUGCAUCAGCAGCAUCCUGCAGACCCAGGGCCUGCAGGGGCUGUACAGAGGGGGCGGGGCCAUGCUGCUGAGGGACAUUCCCGGCUACACGCUCUACUUCAUCCCCUACACCAUCUUCUGUGACCUGCUGAAGCCCGACGCCUCCUCCAGCCCUCACCCCUGCUCCAUCUGGCUCGCUGGAGGACUCGCAGGUUCCAUCUCCUGGGUGACGGCGACGCCGGCCGACGUGGUGAAGAGCAGGAUGCAGGCGGACGCUCAGCUGCAGAGGAAGUACAGAGGAAUACUGCACUGCAUCCUGCACAGCUACAGGACGGAGGGAGCAGAGGUUUUCUUCCGCGGCGCGUCCGUCAACGCCAUCCGAGGCUUCCCCAUGAGCGCCACCAUGUUCCUGACCUACGAGCUCACCCUCAAGUUCUUCAGAGGAGUGUAGGAUUCCAAACAGAAGCACAAGUUUACGGCGGGCGCAGGUCGAGGUCGGAAAGGGGGCGUGGCCUCGCCGUGAACGGCUAGCGCAGUGACUGAAAGACAAAUGUUUGAAAAUGACUCACCUUUCGGACAGUGCUCUUUUUCUAAUCUGUGGUUUUGGCGGAGUUUGACAUGAUGAUGAUGAUGUCAUCAAGCCGCGCCACAGCACACGUGAAUGUAAGCGUUUUUGCCUCCGGGAAAUGUAACCAGAGUCAAAAUAGACACGCCAGAAUAGCACACGUCAAGCACUUGACACAGAGUUGGAAUUAUUUAUUAUCGUAGAAUUAAAAACAUCUUUACUACUUUUCAAAGUAUAUUUUAGUGAUAAUACACUCAAGAGAUUAUAGAGAAGGCAAAGACGGGUCCAACUUUUACUUCAUCUCAACAACAAGGUACUUUUGAAAAGCUUUAGUCUUGGUGCUAACAUGAAUCCUUUUAGUGGUGAGACAAAGUGGUGGAAGGUUUUUAAAGCAAGUUGUGGUCGUAACUGAUGGUGAUGUCAGUAUUUUUUUGUUUUUAAAGCAGAAGUAACCCAUAGUGUUUUCUCAUUUAAAGUUAUUUUAAAUCCCAAUAUAACAUGUGAAUGAACGUUGUGUUGACCUUGAGCACAGUUUGAGGGUCAACACAAUGGAAUGUAGAUAUAAACUGUGAUUCUAUAAAAACUGAUUUCUCGCUACUGAAUUAUCCAAGAAGCAAAAUGCCACGUCACUUUUUACAAGUUGAUUUUUCAGAAAUGUAUAUUAAGCAGCCGCACUUGUGUUUCGGUGCAUUUGUAAAUAUGCUUGUCAUUUCUUAUAUUAAGAAAAGUGUUUUUAACAUUGGAUUUGUACACGAGUUUGUACUGCAGAGGUUUGUGUGAAGAGAGUUGUGAAUACUGAUGAAAGCUGACAUUCCAGAGCCGGAAGUGCUCGACUGUACAGGAAUAAAAGA